UUCAGGCUACAUUGUGUAGACGCCACGUUUGAAUACUAUAUUUUCAUAUCUGUUCUGGCGAGAUAGACGUUCAGAAACUGGAUUAGUCGAGGCGUUAAUUCGCAGAACAUCAGUUCAUGCAGAGGCUGUUUAUGCGGCGUUAGGACCCUGGGGACUCGAUCACAGCCACGGAGCAAUUUGCAUGCGUUUGUUCUGCAAGGCAAACACUGGUGUAUGAGUGAAAUCUAAACCACCGGAAGAUCGAGGAACAGAGUCGCACACAAGCUUUUUGGUGUAGGAUCGUUAUCGUGAUGGGAAGCUUUCAGUCUUUGCCGGAUGACCAUCAAUAUCAUACCUUGUCACAGAAGACAGGAUUUUCACUGGAGCAGAUCGGAAUCCUCCACAAUCGCUUUAAGCAGCUCAGCCAAAAUGAGGAAACACUACGGAGAGAUGAUCUUAAAACAAUUCAAGACCUUGAAAGCAACCCAAUUCGGUCCCAGAUUAUAGAGGCUUUCUUUGAUAAAAGGAACUUCCAGAACGAUGCAACAGGAUCUGUGCAAGAAAUUGGCUUUGAGGAAUUCCUUACAGUCAUGUCGUAUUUCAGAGCACCAGCUCAUCAUAUCACAGAGGAGCAGAGAGAAGAGAUCAGGAGAGCCAAACUGCGCUUUCUGUUCAACAUGCAUGACACUGACAAUGAUGGAACCAUAACACUGGAGGAAUACAGACAUGUAGUGGAGGAGUUGUUGUCCCGGAGUGGAGCUCUUGGCAGAGAGACAGCAAAGGGCAUUGCAGAUGCUGCAAUGCUGGAGGUUGCCAGUAUCACCGUAGGUCCCAUGGCACCUGAUGAGUUCUAUGAAGGAAUAACAUUUGAGCAGUUUCUGAAGAUUCUUAAAGGAGUUGAAAUUGAGACGAGGAUGCACAUUCGCUUCCUAAACAUGGACACAACCGUUCUAUGCAAGUAACGAUCUGUCUAAAUACUGCCAGUUAAAUAUUUAUCUUUGUUGAAAAAGCACUUUAGCAGAUGCGAUUGUUUUUAUUUGUAGGAAUCUCAGUAUGUGUGUGUGUGUAAGUUAGUUAAAAAGCAAUAACAAAAAGAAUCUUGAUAUAUUCAAUCUCCUUGCUUUGCAUGUUCAUAUUAUAAAAUUAUUAUUAUUAAUACAAUACAAUUAAAGCUAUGCAGGCAUAUAUUUAUUUAUUUAUUUUUCUUAAAUUAUCUUUUCUAAAUGUGUCUUUACGCUAAUAUGAUCUUAUUAAAACCAAAUGAAAUCAUCUACUGUAUAUUUUCACAUUACUAUAUGAAUAUUAAAUAGAUAAAUCAAAUUAUUAACACUGUGAUGUAGUUAUAUACGAGUACUAUUUUAUAUGCUGAUGAUCUGUCUGUAAUACUUAUAAAUUAAAAGUAGUUGAAUGUAGUCUGAAUUAAAGAACUGCAGUUCCUCCAGUCAGCCAGCAGAUAUUGCUAAUGCCACGGCUUUGUUUGUGUCAGUGGACAUAGAUUUACUCAGGUACCUGUACAACCAAUAAGCAUGCUUCAGCAUGUUCGUAUAGGGGCAACUAUAAGUGUAUUAACAAGCAUUAUUUUGUAAACAAUAGAAGAUAUUCUAAAAUAACUAUUAACACCAUUACAAUGAUAAUCCGCACUUGCUAGUGGACACCAAAGACCUUUAAUCAUUAAUAUCAGAAGCCACGUAUCAACUUUGAUACAAAGAGCUCAAUGUGUUGUGUCAGCAUGGAUUGUACACAUGUAGGUUUGAUGCCGGGAAAAUACUUUGCAUAAUGCAUUUUUACUUGCAAAAAUGAAACUACUGUAGCAUUUAAUCUGUGAAAGGGUAAAAAUGUCUCAAAAUGAAGAAGUGAACAAUUGUUUCUUCUCUUAACCUAAAAAAGGAGAAAAGACGGUAUAUGCACCCACUGUGUAUUGAAUCCGCAACUUGCAUUUACCACAAUAAAACGGCAUUUUUGCCACACUGAAAACU